GUCUUGUUUUUAUUGAUGACCGGUCAAAUGCCCAGUCAAGAGCAGGUCUCUCACAUUUCAGAAGAGUUAGUUUCUCGGGCUUCCUUGCCAACACAUGUUGUUAAAAUGCUUAAAAUGUUCCCCGACACCUUGCAUCCAAUGGCCCAACUAGCUGCAGCGACUGCCGCAUUAAACUCUGAAUCUAAGUUCGUGAAGGCAUACAACAGUGGCGUCGGGAAGGCAACUUACUGGAAGUACGUUUACGAAGACUGCAUGGAUCUUAUCGCAAAACUGCCAAUCGUUGCUGCAACCAUCUAUAAUAAUACUUUUCGUGGUGGAGCAAAGAUAGCCCCUCUGGACCCAAAAGCGGAUUGGUCUCUUAACUUUGCUCGCAUGUUGGGAUUCAACGAUCCUCUCUUUACUGAGCUUCUGCGCCUCUACUUAGUAAUCCAUAGUGAUCAUGAGGGUGGAAACGUUAGCGCCCACACAUGUCACUUAGUUGGAAGUGCCCUCUCUGACCCCUAUCUAAGCUUUUCGGCCUCAAUGUGUGGUCUCGCCGGUCCCCUACACGGUCUUGCUAAUCAGGAGGUUCUUACCUGGAUCAUGGAUUUAAUUGCUGCCAAAGGAAAGUCACCAACUGACGAGCAAGUAGUCGAAUUUCUCAAGGAAACCCUCGCUCGUGGGAAGGUGAGUGAUUUGUUCUGUUGCUCCUAA